AUGAAGCACUCGAGCUACUCGCAAAUUGUCGUCUUUGGGGAUUCAUUAAGUGAUAAUGGUAACGGUACCUACUUGUUCACUAACAAGGCUUGGCCCGCCGACCCGGCAUAUUUCGACGGCCGCUUCUCAAAUGGUCAGACAUGGGUCGAGCUGCUCGCUCAUGACCUGAGUGGCAACAAGAUCGACAAUCGUGCCUAUGGCGGAUCGACAGUGAACAACUCGCGUAUUCAGGGUUAUACAGGUCGCGAUUCGACGAUCCCUGUUCCGUCCGUUCUCGAGAAUGUGCACAAGUACAUCAAGCAUCACGGACACGGCGUGGAUCCGCACGCACUCUACAUUCUUUCGGGUGGUGGAAAUGAUGCCUUUUACGGUUCUUACGAACGGGGCCUCGAUCCUGUCCAGCUAGCACGCUCGGUCGCCGCCGAUCUGGACUUCGCACUCAGGGAAUUGAACGCAGCAGGCGCCCACGACUUUCUUGUCCCCUCGACGCCUGCUUUGCAAAAUACGCCGUACGGUAAGCAUUACGGAAACGCGACGAUAGACACCUUCCUGCGAUCUUUCUCCGACGCAUUCGCAUGCGACAUCAAAAAGCAGCGCACGCCGCGUGACGCACGCGUAGCUUUGUGGAACGAGGAGCAGGCUUUCGCGCAUAUCCUCCGGCAUGCACGACAGCUCGGUUAUACUAGCUUGGAUACAGCGUGCUUGAAGGGCGUGUACAACGGCGAGGCAAACACUAGGAGUCUGUGCAGCGAUGCGGACAAACACGUUUUCUGGGAUAUUUACCACCCUACAGCUAAGACGCACGGCUUGCUCGCCGAAGCCGCCAAAAGGGAGCUGAAGCGAGAGCAUCUCGGGUCUCGCCAUCUACAGGUUGUCCAGCAAGUGCCAUCCUAG